AUGAAGUUUCCAAAGUCUAAGGAGGAGGAGCCUACAGCUCCUGGGCAAUUAGCCAUCAGGAAGAAAUCCAAAGUUCCUGGGGUGAUGAUCAAUCAGUUUGUCGAGGAAGUUCCUCAAGGUAAAAGCCACCCAGACUUCUCACGCAAACCCAUUGCCCUGACUAUUCAAGAAGGAAAGUUUGCUGUUUUUAAAGCAAUCGUCACAGGGGAUCCAACACCAACUGUAACAUGGACUAAAAAUAAUGGUGACAUUUCUGAUACAGAAAAAUACAUCAUUGUAUAUGAGCAGGUCACAAGUGAACACCAGUUACAGAUGCCUAAUGUAGCUGUAAACCAGGCAGGCACCUAUAAGUGUUUGGCAGAAAACGAGUUUGGUCGUGCUAUUGUUACUACCACAUUGAAUGUAAUUGAGGCUCAACGUGAACAACCAGCUGAUUUCAAAAAGAACUUAAGAACUCGAGCUAAUCGUCCAAAAGAGGAGUGAAAAGAUGGAGAGGUUGAUGAAAGGUUCUGGGAACUACUGUUGAGCGCUGAUAAGAAAGACUAUGAGCGCAUCUGUGCUGAAUAUGGAGUGACUGACUUCCGGUGGAUGUUGAAGAAAUUAAAUGAAAAGAAAAGAGAAAGAGAAGAACAGCAGGCACAGUAUGUUGAAUACCUGAGCAACUUGAGACAUAUUGAGAUUAAAACUCCUCGGUGUGCAGAAUUUGAAUUUGAAAUGGACAUAAGGGAUCCCAAUGCCAAAAUCUUCCUCUAUAAAGAUGGUGAACUGGUUGAGUUUACAGCUGACUCAAAUCAGAAGCAUAGUCUGCGUCAUAUUGGCAGACGGUUCAUCUUCACUGUCAAUGGUCUGUCUCCAGAUGAUGCAGGACUCUACCAAGUAGACAUUGAAGGAGUCAAUAUCUUUUCUACAGAUUUAAAAAUUCCAAAUGUGGACUUCUUGGUAAAGAUUACAGAAGUAACAGCUAUUGAAAGGGAGGAUGCAGUGUUUGAGUGUGUUCUGUCUGCACCACUUCCAAGGAUCACAUGGAUGGGAAAGAGUGUUGCAUUGGUUCAAGGCCAGAAAUAUGACAUUACUGUGUCUGAGGAUAUGUUGAUCCAUAGAUUGGUGGUGAAAGACUGUAUGCUGGUGGAUAAAGGCAUAUAUGCUGCUGUAGUUGGAAUCAAAUCUUGCAGUGCCUGGCUGUUAGUGGAAGCUGACAAUGACUCAGACAAGUGUGAAAAAAAAGCAGCACGCAAAACAACCCAGGCCGGAGGUAGCGGAACUGACUUGGCAAAGAUUGCAACUGAGCAGCAAGCAAAAUUACAGAAGGGGAGAGAGGAGAGAAAAAUAAUACUCAAACAACAUCAGAAAGUCAGGACAGGGCCAUUCAACCCUGAUACUGUAACUGGUAUACAAUCAAUCUCCAGUCAACCAAACCAAGGGGUUUACUUCACUAGCGGAUUACAAGAUGUAAAAGCCAUUGUGGGCCAUUCAGCUGAGAUAGUCUGCAAGAUAAGCAAUGUAAACUAUGAUGGAGUGUGGUAUAAGGAUGGAAAGGAGAUAAAAUCUACAGAUGACCUGAUGACUAUCAAAGACGGAGCAUUGCACAAACUAGUGAUUCAUAAUUGUACAGAGGAAGACAAUGGAAAGUAUCGCUUUGAGGUAGAUGGGCGUAAAACAGAGGCUGUACUCACUGUGGAAGACCCACCAAGGUUCAAUAAAGAUGAUCUGACUAAGUUCUCACAGCCUGUGAUCAUCAAGGCUGGCCAGAAUGCCACUUUCAAGUUGAGCUUUGUGGGUCAAGAGCCAAUAAAAGUGCAGUGGUACCAUGACGGUGAGGAGCUGCUACAUGACAUUAAUGUCAAGAUUGAGAAGUCCUUCAGCCAUAGCUGGCUACUUCUCACCAAAUGCCAGCGCAAAGAUACAGGAGAGAUCAAGGUCAAGCUAAAGAAUGAAUUUGGGAUUACUGAGGCUUUCUCCAAGCUCGUUGUCUUAGCAUAUCCUGGUCCACCCUCCACACCAAAAGUUGUCACUGCCUUUAAAGAGUGUAUCAACUUGUCGUGGUCCCCACCGACCAAAACUGGAGGAACCAACAUUGUGGGCUACAACCUGGAGAAACGCAAAAAGGGCAGCAACCUGUGGCACCAAGUAAACCCUCUAGAAGAGCCAAUCAAAGCCAAACAGUAUGGUGUGAAGGAUGUUGUUGAAGGAAUUGAGUAUGAAUUCCGUGUCAUAGCCAUCAACUUCUCUGGGACUGGAGAACCAAGCACUCCCUCUGACUUUGUGAUAGCCAGAGAUCCUAAAAAGCCCCCUGGUAAAGUACUUGAUCUGAAGGUGUCAGAUUCCACAUAUUCUUCCCUGUCCUUGAGUUGGACUAAACCAAAAUAUCAAGAAGGGGUGCAAGAUGAAGCUAAAGGAUAUUUUGUAGAAGUAAGACCAGCGGAGAAUACUGAAUGGACUCGUUGCAACUCCCAUGCAAUUAUCACAACUUCCUACACAAUUCUUGGUCUUAAAUCCAUGGCCAUGUACUGGGUAAGGGUGGUUGCAACAAAUGAAGGAGGAAAUGGUGAACCGCAGGACCUGGACAACUACAUCAUUGCCAUGCCACCACCAGUCAAACCAAAGUUCACUGAUCGGAAAUUGAAGAGCUUUAUGGUGGUGAGAGCUGGACAAUCUGCUCGGGUCAACAUACAUUUUGAGGCUUCCCCAAUGCCCACAAUAAACUGGCUCAAAGAUGGAAUGCCACUAUGUAAACAUGUGACUGUAAGCAAUACAGAAGGAACAUCUCAGCUCCUGAUUCCAUCUGCAGAACACUCUGAUACAGGAGUAUACGCCAUUAUAGUCAAGAACAUGGUGGGCCAAGAGACCUUCAUUACUGAGAUUAGGGUCACAGAUGACCCCAAAUCUCCUGGGCCAGUGGAGCUGGAGGAAAAUGUUCCUGGCACAUUAACUGUCUGCUGGAGCCCUUCUCCUGAUGAGAAAAGAGAUAACCAUCUGCAUUACAUGGUGGCCAAACGUGACUCAGUCAAGCAGACCUGGCAUACAGUGGCUGACCGAGUGUUCAACAACAGCUUCACAGCUGUCAAUAUCAUGCCAAGAAGAGAAUAUAACUUCCGUGUGUAUGCCAAAAAUGACAUUGGGCUCUCUGAACCUUCUGAGUCCCUAACAUGGGGGUGUGUGAGUAAGAAAGAAAAGUUCAUCCUUAGUAUGUCUGAACCCAAGACCUUCAACUUUGAGUCACCACCUACUUUCACGGUCCCAAUGAAAACACAUACAAGUCCAGAGAAGUAUGAAUGUUACAUGAGUUGUGCUGUGAGUGGCAAUCCCAACCCCCAUGUGACCUGGUACCACAACAACAUCAGUCUCAACACAAACACCAACUACUACAUCACCAACACGUGUGGUGUCUGUUCAUUAUUAAUACUAAGAGUGGGGCCUAAAAACAAUGGAGAGUACAAAGUUGUUGCAGAAAAUUCUUUAGGCCGUGCUGAGUGCACUACUCAACUGAAAAUAAGAGGUAGGUUAUGUGAAUAUAUUGUGGAAUGA